AUGCAUUUUUUUCCAGGGUAUUUUACCGACUCCCGUUGUAGCCACCCAUUAUACAACCCAGCAGAACUGGAAGAAAACGAUGCCAUCGGAGUGAGGCGGGCGGCCCAGAGGCAUCUGCAAGCAGAGCUGGGAAUUCCUGGGGAGCAGAUUUCUCCAGAGGACAUUGUGUUCAUGACAAUCUAUCACCACAAGGCAAAAUCAGACAGAAUUUGGGGAGAGCAUGACAUUUGUUACCUUCUGCUUGUGAGGAAAAAUGUCACCGUGAACCUGGAUCCCAGUGAAAAGAAAAGCAUCCUCUACCUGUCCCAGGAGGAGCUGCGGGAGCUCCUGAAGAGGGCCAGGGGCGAAGUCAAAGUCACCCCCUGGCUAAGAACCAUUGCCGAGAAGUUUCUGUACCGGUGGUGGCCUCACCUGGAUGAUGUGACCCAGUUUGUGGAGCUUCACACAGAGUAUGAGAGGCAGGGAGAUCGAGUCAGCCGUGUGGAAUGCUCUCAGUGCAGGCAGACACACCAUCGAGGCAACAGCACACCCAACACAGGGCGAAAGGGGCAUGUGAUUGCCCAUCAGCUAUAAAUCACUCGUUUCCUUUUCAUCAACUUUGUCAUGUCUUCAUUUUCCCUUUCCUUUAUUUCUAUAUUUCUCAUCUGCCUGGUGGCACGGAGGAAAUUUAACGUUUCCCUUGUCCCAGUUUCCAUUUUAUAAGCACUUGGUCGAUGAACAGCGGCUGAUCCCGAAAGUCUUGGGGAGAGCUUGAGAGUUCUGACGCAGGCGGACUAGCAUGGCUGGACUGUGAGGCUGCCUCCCCACAGCUUUAUCCGAGCCUCCAAGGUCAGGAGGGGUCUCUGCUCCAUCUGUUUCUUUCUAAAUCACUUAUUUCCAAGUGCAACACAAGGUUGCAUUUU